AAAGCAGGUCGCCACAAACCUUUCUGAAUAACUGAAUAAGUUAAGAAACGGUAUUUCAGACUUUAUACACUGCACGCUUGUGUGUAGUUCAUGAAGUUUAAGCGAGAAACUGCGUCAACGUAUCUGCUUAUUUUGCAUUGAAUUUACAAGUUUGCCAUCACUAUCUACUGGAACUCUGGACACACCGUGUAAUACAAGAAAGCAGAAUCAAAAAUAAAAACGGCUUAACAAUUAAUUAGUAAAAUUUUCGAUGUUUAAACGCUGAGGAAAAAAUAUAUGCUUAUCGUGAAAUGCUCCAUUAGGGGGCGCUGAUACCGAUGAUUUUCACAUAAACAUUGUUUGGCACGAGUGACAUCUAUAAGAGUGCCGCCUACGUGUUUCCUAAAUAAUACUCGUGUCUUACACUCAGGUUUUAAAGUAAGUCAUCAUUUGCAGGGAAGGCGCAUAUAAGUCCUAGCUGGUGAUCAGCGAACGAGGGAAAGAGAGAUCACGAGAAUCAGGAAUGUCUGAAAACACCGUGACUGUGGAAACCCCUGGAAAAAAGGAGUGCCACGACUGCAAGGGGAACUGUCAUCCAGGAGACCAGCGCAUUCGCCGGGAUGAAGUGUGGAAAACCAUAAAGGAAUGUCGGGAAGAAAGCUUCUGGUACAGAGCUCUUCCCUUGUCCCUGGCCAGCAUGGCUGUCACUGGAGGGCUCAUCUAUAAUGGUGUUUUAAAAUCUUCAAAGAGGUUUGGACCCUUCCCCAAGCUUGCAUUGGCUGGCAUUCUGGGGUUUGCAGCAGGAAAGGCUUCCUACGUCAGUACCUGCAGAGAGAAGUUCCACACACGUGGGCUUGAGUUUCCCCAGUAUCGCUUUGGCCCAGGUGUCAUGUGUGGCUUUUGGGAACACUGUCCAGCACACAAGAGACACUGCCACCAUGUUUGUGAAGAGUGCAAGAAAGUGGCCAAAACCCAGGCUUAAUGAACCCCCACCUGAGUCUCUGAAGUCAGUCCAUCAAUUUUCCAUCUUUCUCAAGAGUGAUGCAUACCAAAAAUACUAAUAAAUCUGAAUUUUCUUGCAUCGUU